AUGUUUCAAGAGAUUCUGAAUAGGGUAUAUGACGUUGUUGGAUGUGAUCGUAUGUAUGUGGAACUGAAAUUGUUUAUGAGAUAUCCGAUGCCGGGAAAAUAUGUGCCAAUUGCACUAGAGGAUGACGAGUCACUGAGUGCUAUGUGGCUUUCAGUGACACAAACGUCAGCCAUGGCAAUGGAGGUGUACAUUGAACAAGUUCCCAAAGAGAUAAAUGUGCAAAGUAAUGUGGGUUAUGUACCUUCAAUGGACUUUAGGGAUAGCAUGGAGUACCGACAUCAGCUCCUAAUAUGCAAUUUGAAUCAUUUACUAGCAUGUUGGCAUGUGGAUUCUGAUAGGGAUGAGGAUGAUGAUGCAAGAGAAUUAGCUGACAAGGCAAUAAAGGCUGGUGUUCCUUCACAAGAUUGGCUUAGAGUUGACGAAGUUGAUCAAAGGUUAAUAGAUUCAUGGAUGACUUGGAAUGUCACUGGUUCAUUAACUGUGGCUUCUGAAUUUGAGAUAGGACAAGAGUUCGCCUCAUUGCAGCAAUUGAAAAAUUUUGUGAAAGCAUGGUCGAUCUCUAGAAACCAGAUGUUUCGGGUGUUAGAGUCAGAGCCCACAAAGUAUGUCAUUGAAUGUGCUAGAAAGGAAGUGUGUCACUGUCCAUGGAGGUUGCGUGCAAUCAUGACUAAGUCGUUCUCAUUCAAAAUUGUACGAUAUGUUGGUCCACAUGCAAGCAAUUGUUUAGGAGACAUAACAUGUGGAGACCAUCCUCUCAUUUCAUCAGAUUUCGUUGCUGAUCUUAUCGAGGAUUUCAUUAGGACUGAUCCUUCAUUCAAAGUUCAGUCCAUCCUUACUUUUGUGAAGAACCAAUAUCAAUUUUCAAUAACAUAUAAGAGAGCUUGGUUAGCAAAACAAAAGGCAAUCAGCAAUAUUUUUGGUGAUUGGGAGAAGUCGUAUCAAGAGUUACCGAGGUACUUGCAAGCCUUGAAAGAGUCCAAUCGAGGCACUGUCGUUUACUGGAGUACGAUCCCAACACAAGAUCCUACUACGCACAUCUUUAGGAGGGUCUUCUGGGCCUUUAAACCCUCCAUUUCCGGAUUCCGUCAUUGUCGGCCUCUUAUCACUAUAGAUGGUACUCACUUGUACGGGAAAUACAAAGGCAAAUUAUUGAUUGCUAUGGGAACAGAUGCUAAUUUCCAGCUAUUCCCACUUGCCUUUGCUGUGGAGGAAGAAAGCACGGAGGACUGGUCUUGGUUUUUAGCUUGCAUUAGACGUUCCGUCACAGAUAGAAAGGAUCUGUGUGUCAUCUCUGAUCGUCAUAGGGGUAUCCUUGCAGCUAUGAAUGAGCCUGGUAGUUUGGGAGGAACCAUAUGCACAUCACCGCUUUUGUGUGCGUCAUCUUGCUUCGAACUUGAAUUCGAAGUAUAA